CAGAUGCCAAACUAUGGUGGCAUGCUCUGAUUCUUAUCUCUUAAACACACUUCACAGGUCACUUCUCUAAUUGGACCUCUCUCUUUCUCACUAUCACUCGUGUUUAUUACAUAUUGUUCCUCUCAGAAUCUCCCUUUCUUUCCACAAAAUUGUCUCUAACCAAAUCACAAAAAAAUGACCCACAAAUUCAUUAUAUUUUUUUCUUUUAUUUCAAAUCCCCAUUAAUAAAAAACCUUACCAACCCAUGAAGUAAAGUAAACUCCUUUCUUCUACUUAUAUCUAAACUCAUCUCUUUUGUCUCUUUUUGUUUUGUUUUGUUUGUUUCAACUAUAUCAUCAUCAUCAUCAUCAUCAUCAUCAUCAUCAUCAUCAGUCUCUCAUUUAACUCAUCGAUCACAAGAAAGUAGCUAGUAAAGGAAGAUGAAGAGAGGACAUGGCGAAACGUGGGACCCACCACGACCUUCUCGUUGUUCCGGUGAAGGUCCUGCAAUGGUGGAUAAGAAGAUGGCUGCUGCUGAUGACAACAACAACAACAACAUGGACGAUGAGCUUCUUGCUGUUCUUGGCUACAAGGUUCGAUCUUCUGAGAUGGCUGAAGUUGCACAGAAGCUUGAGCAGCUCGAGAUGGUGCUUUCUAAUGACGAUGUAGGCAGCUCUACUCUCUUGAACGACACUGUUCAUUACAACCCAUCUGAUCUCUCUAACUGGGUCGAGAGCAUGCUCUCCGAACUUAACAACCCGGCUUCUUCGGAUCUUGACCCGACGACCGGAGGUUGUGUGGAUAGAUCCGAAUACGAUCUCAGAGCAAUUCCGGGUCUCUCUGCGUUUCCAAAGCAGGAAGAAGAAGUCUUUGACGAAGAAGAAGCUAGCAGCAAGAGGAUCCGACUCGGAUCCUACUGCGAGUCGACGGGUGAGUCAACUCGUCCCGUGGUGCUCGUUGACUCUCAAGAGACCUGGGUUAGACUCGUCCACGCGCUAGUGGCGUGCGCUGAGGCGAUUCAGCAGGAUAAUCUAACCUUAGCCGACGCGCUAGUGAAACGCGUGGGAACACUCGCUGCUUCUCAAGCCGGAGCUAUGGGAAAAGUCGCUACUUAUUUCGCCCAAGCCUUGGCUCGCCGUAUCUACCGUGGCUACACCGCGGACACGGACGUCUCAUUCGAAGAGGUUCUUCAGAUGCACUUCUACGAGUCUUGCCCGUACCUAAAAUUCGCUCACUUCACGGCGAACCAAGCCAUACUCGAAGCUGUCGCGACGUCGCGUAGAGUACACGUCAUCGAUUUAGGGCUUAACCAAGGGAUGCAAUGGCCUGCUUUGAUGCAAGCUUUAGCUCUCCGACCCGGCGGACCUCCGUUGUUUCGUCUCACCGGAGUCGGACCACCGCAGAAGGAGAAUUCGGAUUCGCUUCAACAGUUAGGUUGGAGAUUAGCUCAGUUCGCUCAGAACCUCGGCGUCGAGUUCGAAUUCAAAGGCUUAGCCGCUGAGAGUUUAUCGGAUCUUGAACCCGAGAUGUUCGAAACCCGACCCGAAUCUGAAACCUUAGUGGUUAAUUCGGUUUUUGAGCUCCACAGGUUAUUAGCCCGAUCCGGUUCAAUCGAAAAGCUUCUCGGUACGGUUAAGGCUGUUAAACCGAGUAUCGUAACGGUGGUUGAGCAAGAAGCGAACCACAACGGAGUCGUCUUCCUCGAUAGGUUCAACGAAGCGCUUCAUUACUACUCGAGCCUUUUCGACUCGCUCGAAGAUAGCUACAGCUUACCGAGUCAAGACCGAGCUAUGUCAGAGGUGUAUUUAGGGGGACAGAUACUAAACGUCGUCGCGGCGGAAGGAACCGAUCGGGUCGAGCGACACGAGACGUUGCCACAGUGGAGGAACCGGAUGAAGACCGGUGGAUUUGACCCGGUUCAUCUCGGAUCUAGCGGGUUUAAACAAGCGAGCAUACUUUUAUCGGUUUUUGCUGCGGGAGAUGGAUACAGAGUUGAAGAAAAAGAUGGUUGCCUUAUGCUUGGGUGGCAGACGAGACCACUCAUCACAACCUCGGCUUGGAAACUCGCCGGAGCGGCUGAGUCGCGGCGGUAGAGAGAUGAUGAAACCGGGAAAAAAUAAAUAAAUGUUUUAAGAGAAGAAUUAGGGAAAGUGACCGUGACUUUUUUAGUUAUGUUUUUUACUUUUUAACCCCCGAAGUUUUUUGUGUGUUUAACUGUUCUGUCUAAAAGUUCACAACUUCACAACUUUUAUCUUUUUGGACCUUGUGCGUAUCUUUGAGAGUUAAGAGAAUGAGUAAAAAUCUUUGUAUCGUAGCUCGAGCUUAUAGUAGUUUUCAAUAAAUGGAAGGAUAACGAUUCUGUAUG